AUGGAAUUAUUUAUGAAAAACUCUUCUCUUUGGGGUUUAAAAUUUUAUUUAUUUUGCCUAUUUAUAGUUUUAUUAAACAUUAAUAGGGUAUUUGCUUCUCAUAAUAUUUUUUUGGACUUGCAAUCUUCAAGUGCUAUUAGUGUCAAGAAUGUUCAUAGAACUCGUUUUCAUUUUCAACCUCCUAAACAUUGGAUUAAUGACCCUAAUGCACCAAUGUAUUAUAAUGGAGUGUAUCAUUUAUUCUAUCAAUACAAUCCAAAAGGAUCAGUAUGGGGCAAUAUUAUUUGGGCUCAUUCAGUCUCAAAAGACUUGAUAAAUUGGAUCCAUUUAGAACCUGCAAUUUAUCCAUCCAAAAAAUUUGACAAGUAUGGUACUUGGUCUGGAUCAUCAACUAUUUUACCUAAUAACAAACCUGUUAUCAUAUACACCGGAGUAGUAGAUUCGUAUAAUAAUCAAGUCCAGAACUAUGCCAUCCCGGCUAACUUAUCUGAUCCAUUUCUUCGUAAAUGGAUCAAACCUAACAACAACCCGUUGAUCGUCCCUGAUAAUAGUAUCAAUAGAACUGAGUUUCGCGAUCCAACUACAGCUUGGAUGGGCCAAGAUGGGCUUUGGAGGAUUUUAAUAGGAAGUAUGAGAAAACAUAGAGGGAUGGCAUUGUUGUAUAGAAGUAGAGAUUUUAUGAAAUGGAUCAAAGCCCAACAUCCACUUCAUUCAUCUACUAAUACUGGAAAUUGGGAAUGUCCUGAUUUUUUCCCUGUAUCAUUAAAUAGUACCAAUGGUUUAGAUGUAUCGUAUCGCGGAAAAAAUGUUAAAUAUGUCCUUAAGAAUAGUCUUGAUGUUGCUAGGUUUGAUUAUUACACUAUUGGCAUGUAUCACACCAAAAUAGAUAGGUACAUUCCGAAUAACAAUUCAAUUGAUGGAUGGAAGGGAUUGAGAAUCGACUAUGGUAAUUUCUAUGCAUCAAAGACAUUCUAUGAUCCUAGCAGAAAUCGAAGGGUUAUUUGGGGUUGGUCAAAUGAAUCGGAUGUAUUACCUGACGAUGAUAUUAAGAAAGGAUGGGCUGGAAUUCAAGGUAUUCCGCGACAAGUAUGGCUAGACCUUAGUGGUAAACAAUUAGUUCAAUGGCCUAUUGAAGAAUUAGAAACCCUAAGGAAGCAAAAGGUCCAAUUGAACAACAAGAAGUUGAGCAAGGGAGAAAUGUUUGAAGUUAAAGGAAUCUCAGCAUCACAGGCUGAUGUUGAAGUGUUAUUCUCAUUUUCAAGUUUAAACAAGGCCGAACAAUUUGAUCCUAGAUGGGCUGACCUAUAUGCCCAAGACGUCUGUGCCAUUAAGGGUUCGACUAUCCAAGGUGGGCUUGGACCAUUUGGGCUUGCGACAUUAGCUUCUAAAAACUUAGAAGAGUACACACCUGUUUUCUUCCGAGUGUUCAAGGCUCAAAAGAAUUAUAAGAUUCUCAUGUGCUCAGAUGCUAGAAGAUCUACCAUGAGACAAAAUGAAGCAAUGUAUAAGCCCUCAUUUGCUGGAUAUGUAGAUGUAGAUUUAGUAGACAUGAAGAAGUUAUCUCUUAGGAGUUUGAUUGAUCACUCAGUAGUGGAGAGUUUCGGUGCUGGUGGCAAAACAUGCAUAACAUCAAGGGUGUAUCCAAGUUUAGCGAUUUAUGAUAAUGCACAUUUAUUUGUCUUUAACAAUGGCUCUGAGACAAUCACAAUUGAGACUCUGAAUGCUUGGAGCAUGGGUGCAUGUAAGAUGAACUAAAUAUUUUCAAAAAAAUGGAAUUAUGUCUACAAUUAUAUAUGUCUAAAGAGACAAAAAUUGUGUUAAAUUUAACAGUAGAUGAUGUUCACAAAAUUCCUCUAUAAUUGUCUCUAAUUUAUUUUGGUGAAUUUAGAAGGCAAAGUGUGUGUAUAUGAACUUUUCUAGUACCAUAUAUAUAUACUAAGAAAGAAAUUUGUUAGCUUU